UGGCUCAAGCCGACAUUCGGGGUGACGUUUACAGCGCGUGCCGCCCAGCGGCCAUGCCGGCUGCGCCCUCAUCGCUUGCGUCGGCGUCGGAAGAGCCACGCUUUGCUACGUUCGGGCGGCACUGGGGCGAAAGCGCCGCUCGCUACUUCCGAAUUGAUGCCAGUGCGUUGGAGGACCACGUUGUGCGGCUCACGCCCAUCCCAGGCAUCAUUUGCCCGGUCAGCCAGGACGUCAUCAUAGACCCCGUGGCCACAGUGGACGGUUCUUUGUACGACAGGGCCCACAUCGAGCAGUGGUUCCAGAGGAGGCAGAAGAAAGAUAAGCCUCUAACGUCCCCAGCCACGGGCAAGGAGCUGCCCUCGAAGACGCUCCUCCCCCUGAUUGCGCUGCAGCACGCGGUGGAAGCACUGCUGAACCAGCCGGACAUCAAGGGCCAGCUGUGGGUGACGUCCCAGGGGCUCCGCGUGGACGUGGCCGAGCUGCGGCAGAAGGUGCAGAAGAUGAAGGAGGCCGGCCGCCGGAUGCAGGCAGAGCUGAAGGCCGCAAGGCACGCCGCAUCGGAAGACCAGGAUCGAGGGCAGGAGAGCAUAUAACCCAGGCCUCUGCGCGACCAGCGAGGCAGCAUCGUCCCGAUCGACCGCCCCUCUCUUGGCGCGCUCACUCAGGGGCCUCGUGGGCAGGGGUGGUCUUCGCCAGAGGCCUCCUACAGGCGGCC